AUGUUCAUAGAUGAUCAAUUGAUUGACAAAGACCAAGUUCAGAAAAAUUUCUCAUCAAUAUUCAGACAAAAUGUCAUCGAACAAGCAGCUUCGAUGCUUUUGCAGCACGUGACAUUGAAUCAAAAUGUUUAUCGUGUUGCUCAGAAUUCGAACGGCAAUGCACUUGACGAAUAUCAUUAUUGUUCAAAUUCUGUACAAAAGAAGAAAAAAGAUUUUCGACGGACGAAAAAGUGUUAUUCAUGGUUAUCAAAAUUUCCGUCAAUCGAUGAUGAUGAAUCUUUUCAUAAAUCGCCACGUCGGAAGAAAUCGUCUCAUGCACCUUCGAAGCUACCACGGAAUCAGAUGACAUUGUCGACGAAUGCUGUACCGAAUGAUUUCGAUCCUCAAACUGAAGCGUUCUCGCAACCAUUCAUUAUGGUGCAUAAAAAACGUCUUCGUCGAGAAGAUUUUCUCUGGACGAUGCAGAACUGUAUACAACCACCUUACAGUCAAAAUCAUUUCUAUGCAUUGGAUCAAGUGAAUAUGCUUAAACUUCAACGAAGUUUUCGUUUCGUCAGAGAAAAGCCUGUGAAUUUCAAACGGAAAUAUUCCGAUCAUGAAAUUGAUUGUCAUUGUUCCGAGAUGGAAAUCAACCGAGCAUCUCCAUUUGAACAAUCGCUACCGAAAACAGCAGAUCAUAUUAGUAUAAACAAAUAUCAUCAGCAAUCGAUAAGUCCAUCAGUAUUCGACAAUCAACUAGGAGCUGAUUCAGACAUAGAGAAACAAAAACCUGAAGAAUCACAUGUGAUUUUAUCACGUCUAGAAAAAAUUUUAGAUCUCUGCGGUGAAUUGCGAACGAUUGCCAAAGAUGUUGAGUUACAUCUUAACGAACAUUCGAUUUCGAAAACAACUUCGAUUGAAAUCGAUGAUCAUGAUCAACAAAAAGAACUGAAUUCAGAGCAGACCGUUAUCGAUAUCUACAAAGAACUUGAACCGAGACCAACAGCAAGUUUAGAAGAUGCUCAGAAACGAAAUACACCACCACUCUGCAACUCUACUAAUGACACAUUAUCGAUGCACUCAGAGAGCGACAAAUCUAUCCAAUUGAUGCAAAGUGAAUCAUUCAAAACUAAAUCACCGAGUGUAAAAUUAUCUCAAACAAAACUACGUUCAUCAGCAGAGGACAUCUGCUCAUGUUUUCUAAAAUCAUUUCUCGAAAAAGAAAACUGUCAGCUCACAAGCGAUGAACAAGAAUAUUUAAAUGAGCUAACCCGGGCUUAUAUACUCGGCCGAGAACAACUAUUACAAGAACAGCAAGAGGUGAAAAACAAGGCUCUAACAUCUGUAGCCGAAAAUUUAUGCGCAGAAGAAUCUGAAGAGCACUCGUCUUCUAUAUAUGACACAAAUAAUAACAAUCAAUUCAUUGCACCAUCAUCAAUAUUACUUCAAACUACGACUUCUACGCUGCAAUCAACAGACGAUAAUCAACCAUUAUUGUCUACUCCGUCCGAAGUGAUUAGUUUGAAGCAUGAAGUAUUUCUUCAACAACCAAUAGCAAUGAAAACCAUCAGUGUACUGCCUGGCAUCGGGAAAAAAUAUACUGAACAAUUAGAAGAAUGCGGAUUCAACACUGUACGACGUCUGCUUGGCUUUUAUCUCAUGAUCAAAGAUGAUCAACAUUUUGUCACCUGGCUCAAUAGUAAAGCAGAAAUAUCGCUUCAUUCGGCAUGGCUAUGUACCUAUGCUCUUCGUUCAUGGUGCCAAACGCAUCUGUGA